UAUUAUAGUGGACGCGGACACCCCCCUCUGCACUCAAAUUGGUAUGAGCCGUAUCGCACGCUGACUGGAAACAUGUGGCUGUUUUUGCCGGCUUGUCAUGUAGAGAAAUAUAUCACAGUUUUUGGUUAAUAAAUCAAUGAUACAGCCUGUAAAACGACUGAUAAGCAAGAAUACACAGUUGUAACCUCGACAGACAGGAACUUAAAGGCAUUUUACGGGCUCUCUGGACAGACAGCUGAAGCCUGCGCUUGGUUAUCUUCCAACAGUUCGAGAGAUCAUUCUCAGUGUUGUGUGAGCUGAUUGGUCGUGACCAUGAGGAGGUGUAAGAACUGUGGGGGGACGGACAUUGAUGUGGACCAGGCACGGGGCGAUGCUGUGUGCAUGGGCUGCGGCUCUGUGCUGGAAGACAACAUCAUCGUUUCCGAGGUAACCUUCGUAGAGAACAGUGGAGGAGGAUUGUCCGCCGUCGGCCAAUUUGUUGCUGGUGACUCAUCUGGAAAUGUGCCAUCAUUGGGAGGAAACUUCCACACUGGGGUUGGGAGGGAGUCCAGAGCUGCCACUCUGCAGAAAGCUAAGCGACAGAUAAACCAUCUUGGUCAUCAGCUUCAAAUGACUCAGCACUGUCUGGACACUGCCUUCAACUUUUACAAGAUGGCUCUCUCCAAGCAUCUGACCAGAGGGCGCAAAUCAUCCCAUGUCAUCGCCGCUUGCCUCUACCUCGUCUGCCGAACGGAGGGAACACCUCACAUGCUGCUGGACUUCUGUCCCCCCCCCACCAUCCCACACGCUAACACGCAGAUUCUGUCCACUGCGGUGAAUGUGUAUGUUUUGGGAAAAACCUUCCUUGUUUUAGCCAGAGAGCUGUGUAUCAGUGCGCCAGCGAUUGAUCCGUGUCUUUAUAUCCCGCGCUUUGCGCAAAUGCUGGAAUUUGGAGAGAAGAGCCAUGAGGUUUCGAUGACAGCACUGCGUCUCCUGCAGAGGAUGAAGAGAGACUGGAUGCACACGGGACGAAGACCUUCAGGCCUCUGCGGAGCAGCGCUCUUGGUUGCUGCCCGGAUGCACGAGUUCCGUCGCACAAUUAAGGAAGUGAUCAGUGUGGUGAAAGUCUGUGAAGCCACACUGAGAAAAAGGCUGAAUGAAUUUGAGGACACGCCCACCAGUGAGCUGACUAUUGAAGAGUUCCUGAGGGUGGAUCUGGAGCAGGAGUGUGACCCGCCCUCUUACACGGCUGGACUCAAGAAGCAAAAGCUAAAACAGAUUGAGCAAGAGCUUGCAAAGAAAGUUGAUGAUAUUGAAGGUGAAAUCUGUGGAUAUCAGGAUGAGAUUGAAGUCGAGCUGGAGAGCUGCAGGCCCAAAGCCAGGGGGAUUUAUGCAUCCUAUUCCAAAGAUGAUGAUGUGAUUUCCUUGGCGUCGUCCAGCGUCCUUGCUGGUAAUGAGGAAGGAGAGGACGACGAGCUGAGGGCAGCAGCAUCUCACCUGUACAGUACUAUAUGUGGAGAUGUUGGAGGGGACAAUGAGCAGGAGCGAGAUGGAGAGAAAGUCUCUCCAACCAAACGGCCCUCGUUAGCAUUAUUACUUGGAGCGCUGCCCACUGCGGCCAGUUUGGGCCUGCCCGAGUCCAUCACCAAAAUGGGAGAGGAAAAGGAAAAUGAUGUGGAGGCAGAAAACGGUGAGUUAGACCUGAGCGGUAUCGACGAGGACGAGAUCGAUCGGUAUAUCCUUAAUGAGAAGGAAGUUAAGGUGAAGACUGAACUGUGGAUGCUUCAAAAUGCAGACUACCUCAAAGAACAGAAAGAAAAGGAGGAAAGAAUAGCAAAGGAAAAGGAGGAGGGUACAUAUAAAGAGCGGAAGCCUAAAAAGAAGGCACGGAGGCGUGAGCCCAUCAAUGCCAGCACUGCAGACGAAGCCAUUGAAAAGAUGUUGGAGCAGAAACGCAUCUCCACUAAAAUAAACUACGAUGUUCUAAAAGACUUGAACAAAUCCAGCCCAAAAAGUCCCACUCAACAGACUGAAGAAGCUUCCGCCGGAGCCAAAAGAACCCCUGUGGCCCGCCAACGGAAACCCCAACUGACUUCACCCAUGACUGGCAAAACUAUCAGCAGCUUUGGCAAGAGGUUACAGCCCCUGGUGUGUGCGCAGCCCUCUAAGAAGCUGGCCCUCGAUCAGAAAGGGUUUGGUGCCCCAGUGGCCACUCCUGCUGCUCCAACCCAGAAUGCUGUUGUCAUGGAGAGUGGACCUGUGGCGUACGAAGACCCUGUAAAUGAAGAAGAGGAGGAUGAGGAGGACGAACACUGUGUCAGUGCCAUGCAGUUAAUGGGCAGCACUGAUUACGGCUAUGAAGUAGAUGAUGAUGAAGGUUUCUGAAUCCAGAGUGCCUGUGGGAGCACCAGUGGAGAGGACACACUAACACUUACCCUGCUGCUUAUUCUGACCCCAAAACACACAUGCAACCUCCAUUUAGUCUAGUGUUCAUGCUUAUGUUUGCAAGAUGAGAAGAAAUAUAGUGAAUUUUACACACUACAGAGGAUGGAGAACAACUAAACAAGAACAAAGAUCCCAUAUUCUUGCUUUUCCAUAGGUGCGUGAUCUGAGCUCAUAUGCACUAAGUAACUUAAACACCAUUUAAACUCACAGCACACAAACAGGAGUAUGAGAGAAAAUGGAUGUGUGUGCGGUGAUUGAGAGUGAUGAUUCUCUCUCUGGAGUGUGUAAGCCUGCUAGCUAACUGCAUUACUGUGUGUUUUAGGCUAAUGAUGACAUAUGAUCUUGCACAUCUAAAGCGAUUAGCCCACACAAGGCUCAGGCCUCUGUGUGGACAAAUGUGUGCAUGUACACGUGCCUUUAAAUAUUGCAGUAUACAGGCCAGGAAUAGUAUUAUGAUGAUUUUCAGAGCCGUAAGUGUUAUUCUUUAAAUCAGAUGUAGCUUUGUGUUUAGUAUUCAGUUAGUAACAUCUGAUUAGUAACAGUGUUAAAUUUUGUUCCACUGCUUGGCUGGUUUUCUAGUGCCUUUUUUAUUAUUAUUAUUAUUAA